AUGAUGAGAAGCAAUAUUACUAUAACAAAAGCCAUCGUUUCGCUAUCGAUUUUUCUUCACAUCAGCAAUGCCACAAUUCUAUCAACCAGCUCUAGGUGGAUCGUUAACCAAUACACCGGAGAACGAGUAAAACUCGCGUGCGUCAACUGGAUUUCGCACCUCGAGCCGAUGAUAGCCGAAGGGCUCGAAAAGAAGCCCUUACACGUGAUAGCCGGGCAGAUAGCCGCAGACGGGUUCACGUGCGUGCGGUUCACGUGGCCCACGUUCAUGUUCACCCGUCUCGAUUAUUACAACCUCACGGUCUCACAAUCCCUCGACAAGUACAACCUUAGCGAUGCAAAAGCCGGCAUUUUGAAAAACAACCCUUGGAGUUUGGGGCUGAAAAUCCAAACCCUUCAUAAGGUUGUGGUGAUAGUGCUCGGACAGUACGGACUAAUGGUUAUCCUCGACAACCAUAUAAGCCUACCCGGAUGGUGCUGUAGGAUUGACGACAAAAACGGGUUUUUCGGAGAUCCGGAUUUUGACCCGGACGAGUGGUUGCAGGGCCUGGCUGCGGUGGCUAGGACGUACAAAUAUACAUAUGGGGUGGUGGGUAUGAGCAUGAGAAAUGAGCUACGAGGUAAAGAUGAAAAUGUGGAAGAUUGGUAUAAAUACAUGCAACAAGGAGCUAUGACCAUCCACCAAAUCAGCCCUCAAUUUCUUGUUAUAAUCUCAGGCCUAACUUUUGACACUAAUCUUACUUUUCUAAAGGAAAAAUCAUUACAAUUAAGUUUUAGAAAUAAAAUUGUGUUUGAGGCCCAUUGGUAUACAUUUAUUUUCCCCACUGAGUUGUGGACAGCCCAAACUAACAAAUUUUGUGCCAAUGUGACUCAGUCAUCAAGGGACAAUUUCCUUUUCUUAACAACAGGAAGUAACCCUUACCCUGUUUUUCUAAGUGAAUUUGGUUUGGACCAAAGGGGUCAAAAUGAGGGGCAAAACAGGUAUAUAACCUGCUUGCUAGCUGAGGUGGCAGAGAAAGACAUUGAUUGGGCAUUAUGGACAUUUCAAGGCAGCUACAUUUAUAGACAAGGGAAAGUUAAUCCAGAAGAAUUUUAUGGAGUUAUGAACUUCAACUGGGAUGGUAAUAGGAAUCAGACUUUCUUGGACAGAUUGCAAGUCAUAAGACAGAAGAACCAAGAGGUGAGAUCGUGGUGUUCAACCUACUACAUAAUGUUCCAUCCUCAAAGUGGGCUAUGUGUGCAAUUUGACAAGGGUAACAACAACGUCUUUCUAGCCAACUGCAAAAAAGCGAGUCGGUGGGCUCAACACCAAGACGGUGGCCCGAUCGUGUUGGCUCGAACAUCACAGUGUCUCAAGAUGGCAAGUGACGGUGAGACCGUUCGUGUUUCGUACGAUUGCUCGAGCAAGUGGAAUGUUGUAUCGAGCAUUGGUCUUCAAUUAGCUACUCGAGUCAAAGAUGGAAAAUAUAUGUGUCUGGAGAAAAAUAUUAAUAACUCCGCCCUGGUGACUAGGGAGUGCCUUUGUGUUGACAACAAUCUUAAUGAUCUUCCAACUUGUCCAGACAAUCCACUAGUACAAUGGUUCAAGUUUGUACCUAGGAAUGUAUAUAAUGUUUAA